AUGUCAGAGGUGGUCGCCCAAGGUUCAGCUCCUGCAGAGGCGAAGUGUGAUGGACCUGCUGUGCCUGGGCCCGCGCCACACAUGCUUGCAGGGGAUGACAUGGCAGCAUAUGACAUGGCAGAGGGGAGCGGAGCAGCAGAAGCACCAGCACGGCCGUCCAGCGACCCCUCCUCACCAGCAGCCACGUCCUCAGAGGGGGGCUGCAACACAGCAGUGCAGGAGGGCAUUGCGGAUACACAUCGGCAGGAGUCACACUGCGCGUGCCAGAACUGCUCUGCGCUGGAAGCCAAGCUGGCAGAGGCUGCCCAGCGCACAGCCGAGCUGGAGCUGGCGCUCCUGGAGAAGGAGAAAGAACACCAGCGAAAGAAGACUGAACUCACGGAUGGCAUUAUUGCGCUCAUACUGCAGAGGAGCAACUCUCCGUCUGACAGAUGAAUGUUCAGGCUGUUACAGAAGUGGUCAUGUCUGUGUGUAUAUAUUGUCAGAUUCAAUUGCAGCACAGCUCUGAACUUCACCGAUGGUUUGCAUGCAGAGUGGAAUCUGAAGUACUGAGAAUUGUCAUUUCAUCCAUUGUUGAGAAUUGCCAAUUUUAUUUGGCUACAGUGAUUUCUUUCCUAUGAUCGUGUACCACUUGUGAAGUGUAGCCUACUGCUUGCCAGACCUAGUAUGCAACAAGAUUAGGUGACAGCAUUACAGAUGAACCCUCUGGAUUGUUACAGGGGAUGAGGUGAAUUUCAAGGAUUAUUGUUGGUUAUCUAUGGCAUGCAUGUAUCUGGACAGAACAGGGUACCUAGUGGGACAGUAAGAGUCACAGCUGAGCAGUAGAUUGGCAAUUACUUGAAGAGCUUCAACACUGCGCUUGAAAUCUCGGCACUUGGUCAAAGUUCACAGCAGUAUAUUCCGACCAGCGCAACAUGUAAUUGUGCCUCAUCAGAU